AUGAAAUCAAAGGAGAUAUUAAGCGAAAAGAAAAAAGAAGAAAACGAGGACCAUUUGUCAACUGUUAAGAACAAUGAGGAUAUUUUCUCAGCGGAAUGGAAAAGCUAUUGGAUAUCUGCUAAAUAUCAGUUGGAUCAUUUUCGUACUAUCGGCGACAAUACUUAUCAUUUUUGGAAGUGUGCACCUAUACAUGCGCAAUCGCUCAAGCAACCGGCACGUUUGCUAUUGUGGAAGGCCGAAAAUAAGCAGUUAGAAACAGCAGGUGUGAUAAACGUAUAUGAGAAUUCAACAUGGACUACAGUGAGACAUGGCUGGCUAGCGGUUGUUGUCUUUAAUGAUGCUGUUGCAGUUAUUGAGAGACAAGAUGUUAUUGUGCUGAACUUUCCGCUGGUGUGGUUGGAAGUAAAUAGGAAAGAAGAUGACGAAUAUCUAGUACGGGUAUUUGGACCAGAAAACAAAUUUCAUAUUCGAUUUGCAAAUAUUGAGUGCAAGAAUACAUUUUUGCAUGCUAUGCGACAAUGGAGACAUUUCGAUGAACGAUAUACGGCAGAUAACCUUUUGGAGCAAUAUACCGUCGACCUACCCGGACGGCGAUAUGGUUACUACAAAUUUUCAUCUCGUCAUCCUGAUUUUGGAAGUUGCACUUACGAUGGUUAUUGGUUAUGUGGCAAACCUCAUGGAAGAGGAUGUCUUGUGUAUCCAAGCAAAUGGGAAUACCAAGGAUACUUUGUUGAUGGGCGUUUAGAAGGGUUUGGGAAAAUGUCAAUAACUACAGGUGGAAAUUUACGGAAGAUCAACCCAUAUUUUGGAGUGAAGGAGGAAGGAACACCAGAAGUUGAUGUACACAUUGGUUUCUGGCGUAACGGCUGUUUAGAAGGAUUAGCUCAUAUCACAUUUUCAAAUGGUGACACAUAUGAUGGCUAUAUGCAAAGAGGACUAAGACAUGGUUAUGGAUUAUUACAUGUAUCUAAAGGUGAUCAGACGGAAACAUAUUUCGGUGGUUGGCAAGCUGGAAUGCGUUCUGGAUAUGGAGUUUCUACAAGCAAUAAAGAACGUUAUUUGGGCAUGUGGAAGAAUGAUUUAAGACAUGGCAACGGUACUUUGAUAACCAUUGAAGGCGUGUAUCACGAAGGACUUUUUGAUAACAACCGUUUAGUGCGCGGUCGUUUGAUGCUGUCAGCAGCGGACGAUUGUUCCGAAAUAAGUUUCGAAGGCGAUUUCGAGAAAGCUGGUAUUAUUUGUGGGAAGGGGACGCUUUAUCUGAAUCAGUUUGAUCGUGUAAAAGGGCGGAUGACAGGUGACAUCAUCAAUGGUGAAGUAAAAAUUACCAAUGCCACUUACUGGAGAGAAAAAUCUGUACUGCUGACAUCUUUUUCAUUAGACAAUAAUAUCCUAUCAACAGGAAUUCAAUGGACAACUGAUGCAGAGCUGAAAUGGAAGGAGCUUUUCCAAAGUUUCUUAGUGUAUGAUCUUGGUGUUCCUGUCCAUAUAACAAAUGCUGCUGAUGUUAGCGAAGUUGCUGACGAUGAAUGUCGUCUUGCUGCGUGGAAUUCACUUGCAUCGAGUAUUGCGAAGAUUCGUUUAGGAAUGAACAAAGAAGAAAUUAAAGUUGUAUUUGAUGAAAACCUUGAGAAAAUCCCGCAAUAUACACAAAAAUGGUCGAAUGAAUACUAUGAUAUGGUGCAACAGUAUUGGAGCCUAGCCCUGAGACACAAAUAUCACCCACUUCGGCGAUUAGUGUUUGGUUUAUCUGAAGUUUUCACGGGUUCUUAUGGUACAAUUGGCACUCAUCGAGCUGUUUGUAGACAGGCUGUUUGCGAACUGCACAGUAUACAUUCGAGAAUUUAUUCUGUUAUGAGAUUAUUAUUUAACAAUCUACCUCAUACAUUUGAAAUGUUUGCUCCUAUACCAGUAUGUACUGAUAAUAAUCUAGCAUCCGGCAAUAUUGAUUCUAAUCCACAAUUAGCUAAGAACAGAAGUAUAACUGGACGAAGUGUUGAAUCGAGCUUCACAACAUCUCUUUUAUAUCCUUCAUGCAAUUUUAUUAUUGAAACACUCUUCUCUGAGUGCUAUCCCGUGAUUUUCACACUUUAUUCAGUAAAUUGUUCUGACUUGGAUCGACGAUAUUGGGAACGUGUAGUUUAUUUGAAUGCCUUCACCGAUGUGAAAUUACUCGCUUAUCUUGAAAUAAAUCGGGAUCUCUGGCCGAUUAAUACUGAAAAUGUCGAUGAUUUUGACAUGUCACUGAUUCGUGUAACUGCUCGUAGGAAGUUCUAUAAAUCGGCUAUUCAAACAUUACAGCAAAUCAGUUCAUAUUUCAACCCAGUAUCAAAACUUGCAGCGUUAGCGGAUACAUUCACGGAAAUUGGAACGCGACAGGGUUAA